GACUUCUCAAUGCAAAAAAUAAAAGGGAACCCAGAAGCAGGGACUAGGGGAACGAAAGGUGUAAAUAGAAAGCGAAAGCUCUUGGUCUCUCUCUCUCUCUCUCUCCCUCUCAUCUAUUUUACUAAAUGAAUUAAUGAAUUAUUAACUAGAACAUAAAUACAAGGAAUCACGCCUCCACCGGGACCAGCAGACAGCUCCAAGCCUUUGAUAUUCGUUUUAGCCCAAUGAUACAUAUGUAUACUUAUCCAUGUACAUAUUUGCCUUGGUAGGACUAGAAGCAGGACCAGCAAGGCUUUUUUGAAUAACAUUUUUGACCAAUACUUCGGAAGCUUCUACACAAGGCCACCAAGAUUGCGCUGCUGCUGCCGCCGCUGUUACCACAACUCAUUGCCGGUCCGAAGAUGGCAACUUUAACGAACGGACAGGUGGAUGGCACAAACGGGCUAGUGAACGGAUUAAGCCACAGUCCAGCGGGCUGCGGGGGCACCAUCCCUAUGAAGGACCACGACGCUAUCAAACUGUUCAUCGGGCAGAUACCACGCAACCUGGACGAGAAGGACCUCCGGCCGCUCUUUGAGGAGUUUGGCAAGAUCUACGAGCUCACCGUGCUCAAGGACCGCUUUACGGGCAUGCACAAAGGCUGUGCCUUCCUUACCUACUGUGCCAGAGAGUCGGCCCUGAAAGCUCAGAAUGCUCUUCACGAGCAGAAGACCCUGCCAGGGAUGAACAGGCCUAUCCAGGUGAAGCCUGCGGACAGCGAGAGUCGAGGAGAAGACAGAAAACUAUUUGUGGGAAUGCUCAACAAGCAGCAGUCUGAAGAUGAUGUGCGACGUCUCUUUGAGUCGUUUGGCAGCAUUGAAGAGUGCACCAUCCUUAGAGGUCCUGAUGGAAACAGCAAAGGUUGUGCGUUUGUAAAGUAUUCCUCUCACGCUGAAGCUCAGGCAGCUAUCAGUGCGCUACACGGCAGCCAGACAAUGCCUGUGAGUUCAGUAUUCAAUAUGGGUGCGUCCUCAAGUCUGGUGGUGAAGUUUGCCGACACGGAUAAGGAGCGCACCAUCCGGCGCAUGCAGCAGAUGGCUGGUCAAAUGGGCAUCUUCAACCCCAUGGCCCUGCAGUUUGGGGCCUACGGGGCCUACGCACAGGUGCAGCAGCAGCAGGCAGCGUUGAUGGCGUCAGUAGGUCAAGGGGGUUACCUCAGCCCUAUGGCAGCCUUCGCCGCCGCACAGAUGCAGCACAUGGCUACCAUCAACGGACUCCCAGGAGGGCACAUGACCCCCACCUCAGGUGGCAGUACCCCCCCUGGUAUCGGCGGCCCCACAGUGACCAGUAUCCCCUCGCCCAUCAGUGUGAAUGGUUUCAAUGGAAUGCCGCCCCCUCAGGCCAACGGGCAGCCCUCUGCCGAAGCUGUGUACACCAACGGGAUACACCCCUAUCCUGUGUUGCAGGAGGUGGUUUUUAGAGAGGACUCUGAAAAAAACAGCUUGGCUCAUCGGAGUUGUUUUGGGGUUCAGGGUGGCUGCUUCCUCUCUUCUCUCUCUGAAGCUCAGAGUCCCACUGCAGCAGACCACUUACAGCAGGCUUACACAGGAGUCCAGCAGUAUGCAGGUCUGUCAGUUUCACAUGCAGCCUACCCUGCUGCAUAUGGCCAGAUCAGCCAGGCCUUUCCCCAGCCUCCUCCCAUCAUCCCACAACAACAGAGAGAAGGGCCGGAGGGCUGUAACCUGUUCAUCUACCACCUCCCUCAGGAGUUUGGGGAUGGCGAGCUGAUGCAGAUGUUCCUGCCUUUCGGUAAUGUCAUCUCCUCCAAAGUGUUUGUGGAUCGGGCGACAAACCAAAGUAAAUGCUUUGGGUUUGUGAGCUUCGAUAACCCAGGUAGUGCCCAUGCUGCCAUCCAGUCAAUGAACGGCUUUCAGAUCGGCAUGAAGAGACUCAAGGUGCAGCUCAAGAGGCCGAAGGACGCCAACCGCCCCUACUAGCCCCUCCCCCUAUCAGCCACCCCUGCCCUGAGGGAUAUGGCAGUCACUGCACACAGGGCAACACAGGUUUUUAUUGAGCUGGAACACAUGUUGAUUAAAUGAACGACGUCAUUGAACUGAAAGACCACAGGAAUUAUUUGAGGCUGGUAUGAAACUGGAUCAUAUACUGGGCUGAACAUGAACAAAUUAAAUGACCAAGUAAUGGACACCUCUGUUGGAUGUACCUUUUGGACCUCAGAGAGAACUCAUGCAAGCCUGGGUAGCUCCAGGACUCUUACUCUCUUUAUCGCCUCCCCUCCUCUCUUUCUCUCUCCCUAAACCUGCCUGAAUGACAGCUACCUUACAGGACCACAAGGGAAGUAUUAUAAAAGAAGAAGAAAAAAAAAAGAAGAAAAAAAAAACCGUGGAACAGAGAUGGAGGAAGUAUGGAUGCCAAGAGUUCCAAGAACUAAACUAACUUUUAAAAAAUACUUUAUGGGGGAAUGCCAUAGGAGAUAUCUAUGUAAAGGUGUUGGGUAUGGGGAAAUAACUUUUUAAAGAACACUUUUACAGGACUAGGAGGAGAGAACUUUGUAGGGAAUGCGAUAUUUCAUGACCCAAACUCACUUUGAUUCGGGAUGGCCAUCUUUAGCUUGGAGUGCCUGUCUGUUUCCAGGGGAUACCGUUGCCAAGGAGAGCCAUAGCAACGGUCUCCAGGGAGUCUUACCUGUCAUUCCUUAGUUGUUUUAGGGACCAAAAGACCAAACAUUUUUAUUGCUGAGGACUUGUAGCUCUAUUAAUAUACUCGGACCACUGCAUCUCUUUUAAUCUUUGUUAAUCGAUUAAAGAGUUGCAUUUAAAAGAUGUGUACAUUUAGAAUAUAUAUACAAUAUAUGUAUAUAUACAUACAUAUAUAUUGCUGUUAUGCUUUUUGAAUACAGGCAACACUAUUUCAGAUGACCAAUGGGGUCGCUCACUUCGCUAGUUUACAAUUAACUAUUCAAAAUGUUUAUUUUUUUCCUCUUCUCAUUUUCUCUUGGGGGAUGGGAUGGAGAGUGCAUGGGAAGGGUUGUUCCAUACUGCAGCCUUACCUUUUCUAACUUGACAUCCUAACCUCAUAGUUAAAAGAACAUCAAAAAUGUUUGAAAUAUAUGAACUUGUUUAUAUUUGCAGUACAUAUAUAUGUAUAUGUAUAACACGCAUUCAAGCUAAUGUAUUCAUAUAUAUACAUAUAUACAGUAUAUAUAGAUAAAUAGAUAUUAAUCAAACUAAUAUAUGUAUUUACAGUAUAUGCACAUAUUUUAUGUGUGUCUGUAUAUAGAACAGCUAUUGACUAUGAUGAGCUGUAAUUUUUUUGUAGAUUUUAGCUGGAGUUUGAAAAACUGCUCUGCUUGGGAAGAGGCGCAAAUCUGGCAGCUCCCAGAGCUGCAGGCAUUCCUCUCUCUAAUAAACUAUAUAUGCUGAUACACACAUAUUCCUGAAUAUAUGUGUGAAGAUUCACAUACACUGUAUGUACGUGUACAUACCAUUUAAAAAUGCAAAAAAGCCACUUCUCAGUAGCAGGCUUAAAGAGAAUCAGGCUAAAUUAAUUUUAGAGGUAGGACAAAGAUCUUUGACUUGAUUCCAAACAUAACUUUUCAGCUUCAAAGGACACUCUACACAAACUUAACAUGUAUAAACAACGUUCUCUUUGACAUUUGAACCAAAAUGGAUGAAUACCGUGACCUUUUCUCUCUCUUAAUUGCAUUCAGUAAGUAAGUGCAUGUAGCGUAUGGGCUGUCAACACAAGGUGUGCCUUGUCACCUGCAGAAUCUGCCAUCAAGCACUGUGCUUUCAAAACAUUACUGCAAGCAGCCAACGCGCUACGAUGAUGUCAAAACUGCAGUCGCAUUCCAUCAUGUCGUUUCACAUCUCCAUAGAGAGCUUUAGCAGUAAAGCAUGUCAAAGCUAACGAAUCGUUCAGAUGAUUCAUCGUGGUCCUCUCACACAUGGAAAUUAGCAUCAAGUACUCUGACAGUCACAGACUCAUUGUGAUGUGUAUUUGUCAUUACACUUUAAAUCAAAGUGGGUAUUAUAUAUUCUGCUAGUACAUGUACUAACUAAAAGGGAGCACUUGGAAAUGCUGUGCAAGUAUAAGAACCCUUGAGGCUACGUUCCACUGGGUUUGGUCUGACAUUGCGUAUCGUAUGGUUAUAACUUAUAGGUGAAGUUUCAUGAUGUUAACACAUUGCAGACCUAGGAAGUGGUUUGUCUACUGAACACAAAGUAACCAGGAAGUGUUUUGUAAUGUAUACAGCCGGCGCCAAUUCAGCUAUUGUUGUAUGGAGCUCUCUCUAACUGUUCCUCACUACACCAUUCCCCUAGUGCCUGCGUCCAACUUUUACUAACAGACAGGGAUGUAGGGUUAAAUAAAAGGUGGGUAAACACUGAAUACCAGUCGAGACCGCCAGGCUGUUUCCAACGUCAAUGCUAAGAGUGCUAAUUUAGCGAACUAGGUGCAUAACUGCUAUGCUAUAGAAAUAGAAUGACUAGAACAUACAUCCCCAUUCAAGUCAAUGUUGGCAUAAUGGGUGGACUGGCAGCUAUGGAGAGUAAACCAAUAGGAGCAAAGCUAGGUUGAAGAUGACAAACGUUAACCUUUAUGGGAUUCUAAUAUACCGUAACUCUUUGCAACAAUGGGACCAGCUAUACUAGUUAGCAAUGGUACUGGUAGUUAGCAACGGCGCUGGUCCCAGAUUUGUGACAUCGUGGUCUUAACCUGUAUAUUGUAGAUGUAGGAGCAAAGCCGGAAGUAAAAUAUGUGCUAAAAUGUGUGAUUUGUUGAUUUAACUCAACUGAAAUACAUUCCAUUGCAUGAGCCACAUCAGUUAACAUCAUUUGAAUUAACAUUCUACAUUUACUAUGGAAAUGAUUGCGUCCCAAUACCAGGCAGCCAUUGCGAAUGUACCCAUGAGUUUACCAAUCAAAUUGCUAGGGUUAGAGGUUCCGAGACCUUUCUAUUCAAUCUAUUUCUAUGUGCUAUGCAUCAAAUCAAAACUGUGUUUAACUGGAUUUAGCCUCAAUUGCAUCCCUGCUACAAGGUCUGUGUCUCACCCUGUCUACCCCAAUGCAAACAGGCCUAAAGAUGUCAUUAACACUCUCCUUUACAACACCUUCUUUCUCUGGGUUUGUGAAGUAAAGUUCUGAAAUGCCUCUCCCCAUUAUUUAUCAAAGGUUUGAGAUCGGUUUCUUGUUGCACAAAUUUCCCAUUGACAUCAACCAAUUUAUGAUUUACUUGAAAUUCAAAGUUAUGCAUAAGUUCGGAUUCGGCUUCUAAGUCACUUCAACGUGUCUCCCCAAACCAGUUAAAUAUAAUGUCAAAAUCUAGAUUUCUGCCUAAAUAGACAUACCCAAAAGUAAUGAUUUACCAUGAGGGCCAUGAACAAUACACAGUAAUGCUUAUUCUAACAGAAAUAUCAAAAUCUCACCUUUCCGGUAAAAAUUGUUUUAAAUUGCUGAGGUGUUGUCACUUUUGAGGACACAAGCUCAAGUACACAGUACUAAUAUGAUAGAAAUAUGAAAAAUCAUACAGGAUAUGUUUCCUAUUCAAUAAAAGUGGGAGAAUAGAGCUCGAAAUGCUUUCUAAAUAUGGAAGCAAUCAAAUAAUAAACAACUUACUAUAAUAAUUCACCUGUCUUAUAGCUGAUCAUACUUAGUGAUUACAAAACUGGCACCAAUUCAUAUAACUGACAACAAUUUUCUGCCCAGUGUCCUCUGAACGACUCAGAGACUCCAUUUAAAUGCCUGCUAACUCGUUACAACUUCAGCUUUAAGCACAAAGAAGCACAACAUGCUGUGACCAAGACAAAGUGGUCUUGUUUCAAUUCUACAAAAUUAUUUUGUAUUUGUUCAUGUUGAGAGCUCUUAAAUCUGAGAAUAUCCCAGCGAGAUGAUUAUGCUUUUGCUGUAAAUCGCUAGGCUCUCCUGUUUCAUAUACCAUAUUGUAAGUGGAGCUGCGAGUUUCACAGCCAGAGGAAAUUGAUCCUUUGUCUGGAUAGGCCAGAAAAUGUGACGUGUCACUCCCUAUGCAAAUCAGGUGUCAGAUUUUACAUACUGCAUCUCAGAUGAGAGCAGAGAGCAGUAUGUGAAGCGGGACAACCAGAGCUUUCACAGAGUGCACAGCAUUUGAUGUUGCGCCAUCCACAAGGCUCUCUGUAUCCAAAAAUGGCGGUUGGAACUGGUUCAGAACUGCUCAAAGUCCCCUUAACUUCUCCCAAUGCCACCUUUUACUCAGCUCAUGCUCUCCCAAUCACACUUUCCCAAUGAAAUUCAUCCCUCACUCUCCAUUUUGUUCUGUGUUUAGGUUUAUUUCCCUGCUUGCGCCCCUCUCUCUGCCUACUUUAACCCGCAUUCCAAGAGCUGAGGGUACUGGAUUGGUGUCAGCAAUAUGGUGGAAACUCCCUUAGCCUUUCAAAUAGGCUAUAGAGCUAUUAGUGCAUUUCUUACACCUAUCCCAAUGCUUUCCAAUUGAGUGAAUGAAGGCAGAGGGAGAGGAAUGACUGGAAUUGAGCACCUAUUUCACACGCUAUAACUUUCAGCUGCAACUGUUUACAUAUAAAUUGAGAAAAAAACAUCGUGGUUCAAAAACAAUGAGAAACAGAGCAGAAGUUUGAAUAUAAAUAUAUAUAAAUAUAUACAUAAACCAAUGAAUAUACUGUAAAUGUUUUUGUUGCUCUGUUUUCCUCUGUACAUAGGUUUGCAUAUUUUAUAGGACUUUUACUUCUAUCUACAAGGACUGAAUAAAAAUGAAACUUUAAUUACUUCAAAAAGAGGAACGAAAACAUAAUAAUCAAUGAAACCAGGUUUAAAAAAAAAGAGUCCAUAGGAAUAUGGUACAACUGUAUGACCUGACCUAGGCAUUUAACCAGAAAACAGUCAGGGAGAGCAUUGAACUCAAUUAGAGCAUAGACAUGCAUUGGCCUUUUUAUACAAGUGUUUUGGGGUUUCUUUCAUUUAUUUAUGUAUUUAUUUAUUUAUUACUUCUGUUUACAAAUGAUAUGCAUGAUUUCAUGGCAUUAUUUUUCUAUGAGUUGGUAUGUGACCAAAUAGUUUUUUAUAUUCAUGUAUAGGCCUACAUUGUGGUACAUUGUUGACCACUUAUUGUCUACAGGAUCACAACUUGCAACAGUUCUUUGAGAAAGGGAGAUUAUACUCAUAUUUGCCAAGUUUGUUUUGUUACGUUUUCUCAGAGGUUUAUCUGUUGUUCUUUUUUUAAUUUGUGAUUGUUUAUUCAAUAUCAGAGCUCUAGUGUUCUUUUAAAGCGUUAUGCUGCUGUUUUCUGAACUGUUUUACAUUUCACUUCCCCGCUCUUAAUAUUUAAAUGUACCUCAACUGUUCAAUCUAUCUAGAUGAUUAAAGCUACAAAGUGCAUUCAAAUUGCGGUAUAUUUGUGAAAUUCUACAUACAAAUUCCAAAUUCAGCUAAAUGUGGCAGCAUAUAGGUUGCAAUGACAUUGACAUGGCAAUUUAUUGUUUCAAAAUUAAAAUACAAAUUAGUGUUAAGAGUUCUGUAUUAAUCAGAGAAAUGUUGUUUCUUUUGUCUCAAUUAUCAUAUCUGUUUUUUGUAAUGUCUUAUAGAGCUCUGAUGUUGUACAAGUGUUCAGUUCUAUCAAGGGUAAAAUACCUAUCAAAAACUGCACUAUUUCAUCAAAUAUUCAGUUACUCAAUUUCCGAUCAUGCUGUUAUCAUGGGUUUGUUCCUACACUUUACUUCUUCAAUGGAUUCAAAAGUAUUCUGAAGACAAUUUCAGCACAUGAAGGGGAUGGGGAAUUGAAUGUUGCGUGUAGCGCUUUACCAUGUCUGAUGAGGUAGGCUUCUCAUUGGUUAGUGCGCUUUAGGCUCCCGCCCUCGUCUCUCCAGACUGCACCAUUCUCUGAUCCCUGGACUAUUUUGUAAUUUUAAUGAAUGAUGCGUCUCAGCUUAGCCCAAUAAUAAAGCACAGUCUAGAAUA